CUCUUCUUGGCCGUCCCUCCUCGCUUUACAUGCCGCCACCACCGCCAACCACAGCCGCUGCGCAGUCCCUCCUCAACUGCCUAUAAAAACCAGCUCCCACCACCACUGCAAGCACCGCAAGGAAAAGAAAAACACUCUACUAGAAGAAAAACUCAUGAAACUAGAAAACAGUCACGAUACCGACGACAUGUGCAAAACCAUCGAGGUCGCUUCCGUCGUGGUCGUCGACCACUUGUCUCCGUCCAAGGCUCUGGUCGCCGCCGGAGAUGAGCUUGACAGAGAUGGUGAAGAGCUAUUCACGCCACCUCUCAACUUCGCCAUGGUCGAUAACGGCGUCUUCCGCUCAGGUUUUCCCGACACAGCCAACUUCGCCUUCUUGCAAACCCUAGGUCUCCGUUCAAUCAUAUACCUUUGCCCGGAGACGUAUCCGGAGGCGAAUAAUGAGUUCCUCAAGUCGAAUGGGAUUAAGCUUUUUCAGUUUGGAAUUGAAGGAUAUAAGGAGCCUUUUGUGAACAUCCCAGAUGACACAAUCCGUGAAGCGCUAAAAGUUGUUCUUGAUGUAAGGAAUCAUCCACUUCUAAUCCAUUGCAAAAGAGGGAAGCACCGGACAGGUUGCGUUGUGGGAUGCUUAAGAAAAUUGCAAAAAUGGUGCUUGUCAUCUAUUUUUGAUGAGUACCAGCGGUUCGCAGCUGCUAAAGCUAGAGUUUCGGAUCAAAGGUUUAUGGAGUUGUUUGAUGUCUCAACCAUGAAGCACCUACCAAUUUCAUUUUCAUGUUCAAAGAGGUAAACAAUUGGUAAUCCUGGAAGGCUUUUACUUCCCUUUACCACUGGGAAGAGAUUUACUUCUAGUUCCUGCUUUUUAAUAAAGAAGAAAAGUUGACGAGUUCCUGGAAAUGCAUCUCAGCAGUGAAGAGAUAAUGCUUCUUUUUUCCUUCUUAGGAUGAUAAUAAAGCAAGUUUUAGGCCUCCCUCGUUCCGCAUAUUCUCUCUGCUAUGUAGCCUGCAUUUUGCUGCUAUAUAUAUGUAACAGUUAUUGUAGAUAUUCUGAGAUUCUGAAUCAUGUUCCAUGAUGAAUAUAUUUUAAGCCUUGUAGUUAUGUUGCA